GUGGAGUGAUAAUGUUCAAAUAAUGUUUAUAAUUUAAAUAAUGAAUUGAUAGUGGUUGAGGAUUAUAUAAUAAGGAAUCUUAAAAAAGUGGGUAAUGGAUAGAUUUGAUUGAUACUUUCAAAGAGUAUUUUUAGAUUAUGAUUUAUUUAGUGAUAACUAGAUUAUUUAAUAAAAUACAUCAAUGGUGUCAAAAUUGGUAAAUGGGAUAUAAAUGAAAUGAUUGAUUAUAUUGAGAAUACAUUUAAAAUAUAUAAAAUGAUAAUGAAUGGACAGAUAAAUAUUAUUAAGAGAUGUAUGAGACAUAUAUAUAUUGUUCUUAGUGGCAAUGGAUCAUAUAAUGAAGAAGGUUAAAAGAAUGGUUUAUGGAAUUUUUUGGCUGCUAAUUUUUGUGAGUAAGAUAUUAUUUAAAUAAGUUAACGAUAAAUCUUAUAUUCAGGUGAAUAUGAUAAUGGCAAAAAAAUAGGAAAUUGGGUUUAAGAGGAGAGAUAAAAUCAUGAACUUUGAGUUAAUGAAUAAUAUUAAAAGAAAAUUAAUAUAUCCGAAUUAUUCUGACAAAAUUAUUGAGAAAAAUACUUUCUUUUAAAUCUAAUAAUAAAAGGAAUAUUUUUUUGAAAAAAAACCAUUAUUAAAACGCUCUCUCUAAAUCACUAUACUAAUUUAAGGUCUAAAAAUAAUGAUUUUACAACUAUUUCUCGUUUAAUUACAAAGCAACCACUACGAAUAAGAACUUUUCUUAAUUAGAUUCCCUUUUAAUUGUUCUUUUAUAAGUUACUGA